GGCCAGACAAGGUUACUGGGCGGUUAUAAAAUGCAAACUUGCCAUUGCAUUUCUUGUCAGUCCACACACUAUCACAAAUCCGUCAAAAAUGAAUUCCAAGAUUUGCAUACUCCUAUUAUCCUUCUUCGUCCUUGCCAAAGCGGGACUCGUCGCAGUGCCGUCUGUGGAAGUCCUUCAAGGACCCAGCAGCAAGACCACGCUCGUGGGUCCCGACGGUAGCUCGAUUUCGUCGGUAUCUCCAGGAGGCACCGUAGUCACGGACGGCCAAGCCGUAGUACCUGCAGCUCCUGUCGUCCUGGCUGCCUCUCCUAACACCGUCGUUGCGGGUCCUGCAGGUUCCGUUAUUACUAGUCACACCCUCGCUGGUCCUGCUGUUGUUCCUGUUGCCGCACCUGCGGUCGUCGCCGCCGCUCCACUUGCUGUAGGUCCUGCUGUAGCUCUCGUAGGAGAAGGACACGAAGGAGAGUAUAUUCCAGAUAACACCGAGCAACUUUACGACGAUGGAUCGUACAAAGGAGAAUAAAUAAUUCACGACUUUAUCACUCUCUGGUUUAUUAGUGUUGUUAAUAAUGUAUGAAUACUUUAUGCAGGUUAGACUCAGAUUUGUUGUAAGGGAGUAACAUUUAACCAGCUUUUUUAUAAGACUUAUUUUGUAAUGCAUGUGCCAAUAAAUUUAUUGUUGUAUUUUAUGAA